AUGGGCAUAAGCAAUGAGUUGGGCGCCAGAGUUCUCAUGGACGUCCUAAAGAAUCCCCAACAAGCAGUUGUGUGUGCCCAGGCAUUGAUGUGGCGCAAAUUCCUGCGGCGCUACGCUUUCGAUCCACCACCGUUUUUCUCAGAUGUUUCGACAGUUACAGCAGUUACGUUUAGCACCAUGAUUGACCUGAAUUCUAUCAGCAAAGAGGCCCUCGUUGAAAUUCUCGUCGACGUUGCACAAGCGGUUUCUGGGUCAACAACGAAACCGAAUGCAGCAACCCCGCUUAUUGACCUAGGGCUUGAUUCCCUCGGUGCGGUGGAAUUCCGGAACUCCGUUGCAGAGAAGACUGGGGUGAAGCUUCCUCAGAAUCUAAUGUUCGAGAAUCCCAGUGUGGAAGACAUUGCCGAGUAUAUUCUGAACAGGGCCAGAUCACCUGAGGGCGCAUCUGGCUCCAGAGGGACGCUGGCAGACACUUUGCAAAUGACGAUCGACCAGUGGUUGAUGUCUGUGCUAGUCCCAGCAGAACGAUAUGCCUUAUAUGUAGAUUCACUAACUGCAUCCUACGGAUCUCUCAGCGAGAUGGCUUCUGUCGAAGAUAUUGUGAGCGCACUAGAAAGGCUGGAGGUUUCUGUUUCCGAGGACUUCGACAGGCUAAAUGUAGCCUGGGAAGAGCUUCGAGACGCGUAUGCCAGCCGUUCUGAAGCAACAACUGCAGUUAAAAGGAAGCCUCGAUUGGCAGUCCGGGUGCCUCACCCAACGGAAGACGUUGAGUCAUUAAUAAACCAACUGACGUUCGAUGUGCAGACCCUGGAACCACCUACAUCGCCGGAAAACUACCGAACUGCUAUGUUAACUGGGGCAACAGGAUUUGUUGGACGGAUCCAGCUUUCGGUACUUCUGGAAGCAACCAGAGAGUUAGAGGUUGUGUGCAUAGUCCGUGCCAAAGAUGCGGACCACGCUCUUGAUCGGAUUCGGCAGGCAUGCAAAGAAGCCAAAUGCUGGAAGGAAGAGUAUUGCAGUCGAAUCCACCCCAUACCCGGUGAUUUCACCCUUCCAAACUUGGGUCUUGAAGAAGAGCAGAUGGAGGAGCUUUCCAGAAAAGUUGAUGUUGUUUACCACACUGGAGGGGAUGUUAAUUUACUCAGCAACUACGCCCGAUUACGCUCUUCAAAUGUGCUCUGUAUUCUAGGGAUCGUUAAUUUUUGCACAAGACACAGGUUGAAGCCGUUGCACUUUGCGUCUACUUUGGGGCAGUUCCCAGCAUUCUUUUGUGAAUUUACUGGGGCAUACAGGGACUAUCGUAUCACCGAAGACAGCAGACCGACGGUAGAGGAAAUGGAGGCCUUUUAUCCUCCCCUGCGCAUGGGGUACCCUUGGUCGAAGUGGGCAGCUGAAUUGGUCUUGUGCAGCGCCAGGGAUAAGGGACUGCCUGUGUUCUUAUAUCGCUUGCCGAAUACCUACGUUGCCUACUCUACGGGAUACACAAAUCGAACCGACUACGCAACUGCACUUAUGGUAUCUACUAUUCAAGAGGGAAUUUUCCCAGUAGGGUGUGCCGCUGCUCCACUCACUCCAGUCGAUAUUAUAUGUGAAAUGCUGGUUGGAGUGUCACUUUUGGAAAAGCCGAAGCAUUUCGUCUACCAUCUAUUUGACCCGCGUGCCAUAACAAGGGAACAUCUGGAGGUCUGGAGUCAAGAGCUUGGGCUGGCGUAUAAAGGCGCCAGCGUUGACGAGUUCCUGGCUGCAGUCAAAGCUCGUGGACCCGAAUCUCCCGUUUUCAAAUUUGUGCCGCUCAUGCAGUUCAUGAGGAAAUAUUGGUUUGAUUCAGAGCAACGCACUGACGAUUUCCCCAUAGAAAACAAAAAUAUUUUCGAGGACCUGCCGGAUGCCAAAUGGCCAGAUCAGAGAGAUAUCUUCAAAAAUUCUCUGCUUUACAGUGUGCAGUCAGGGUUCUUUCCGAAGAAUUCCAAGGCAAUUCGGGUGGACCCUGAAGCAUGUUUGGAAGAUGCAAAGAGAAUGUCUGGCUUAGAUUCGCUUGGCGAAGACCACGAUUAUUUCAUGAAGCCCCUGCACAUCUUGAAGGACUCACUCUUGCAAGAAUCCAACCCGUCGUUCUGUGGCAAGUUGGCAAUGUUCCGCACUGUUCGCCAGCAGCUGAUGAACCUGAUGUACAUGGAGAAAAUGAGAAUCGAGCAUCCAGAAAUAGAACAGCAGGAGAUAAAAGAGCCACUCAUAAUUGUUGGUCUAAAUAGGACAGGCACUACGUUCCUACAAAAUAUUAUGGCAACCGACAUAUCCAACCGCUCAGCUCGUUAUUGUGAAAUGAUUGCUCCUUACGGCAACAAUGGCGACUACUGCCAGAAGGGCCUUAGCAAUGACCCUGAGUCAUGGAAGCACGAUCCUAGGAUUAAAUUUGCGCAAGAAGUGCUCGACAGCCAAUUAGCUCUCUCUGAAGAAUGGAUAAGCAUUCAUGCACAAAGCGCUGAGCUUCCCGAGGAGGACUUUGUCAUGCUGGAACACUGCGGCAGAUGCUACUCAAUUUGCACUGAAUUCAACGUGCCAUCUUAUAGGAAAUGGCUAUAUGCCAAUGACUUCCAAGAAAUGAAAAAUGCCUACAGAUUUCACAAGCGUUUCCUCCAGCAUUUGCAAUACCAGCGCGUCGCAGAUCGCUGGCUUCUGAAGAUGCCAUUCCACCUUUUCACUCUUGACGCGUUGUUCGAGACCUAUCCAGAUGCGAGGAUUAUAUUUAUGCACCGGGACCCGAAAGAUACCCUAGCCAGCUGGGCCAGUCUGGUCAGGUGCGCCCAGCAGUCCCUACUUGACUCAGUCAACCCCACCGAGCUCGGAAAACUUGAAUUGGAAGCAAUGUCAUCAAUGAUUAACCAAGCACUGGACUUUCGUGCUUCGAGGCCAGACCUAAAGGAUCAAAUACUGGAUGUUCAGUACAAGGAUUUAAUAGAAAAUCCGCUGGGCACAGUGUCCAAGAUCUACAGUCACUUCAAAAUACCACUGACAGAACAGGCAAGGCUGCGCAUGACUGAAUUUUGCCAAGAGGAUAAGAAGACUCGCAAUAAGCUAUCAAAACACCAGUAUACUCUAGAAGACGUAUCUCUGACAAAGGCCAUGGUGGAGAAGGCCUUUGGCCAGUACUAUAAUUCUGGGCUGUGCAAGUACCUGAAAAAGUAA